AUGACUAACAGUAACAGUAACAAGCAGAUUGCUACAGUAGUCUGUGCCCAGUCUGUUCCGCUUUCGGACGAGAAAAUGAAUCGUCGUCGGGCGGGAAAGAAAAAUAUGAUCCUCUUGUCGGGCAAUACCAACAGAGAACUUGCCUCCAAGAUCGCUACCAGGCUUCAAAUUGAAAUUGCGCCUUCGCAAACGUUCUCUUUUGCCAAUGGAGAGACCAAUGUCGACAUCGAGAAAUCUGUGCGAGGGGCGGAUGCCUACAUCAUCCAGACCGUUUCACACAACGUCAACGAUGCUUUGAUGGAAAUGAUGCUGAUGGCGUACGCUUGCAAGUCUGCCUGCGCAAAGACCGUUAUUGGAGUGCUUCCCUACCUGCCCUAUUCGAAACAGUGCAGAAUGCGAAAACGAGGCUCGAUCGUGAUGAAACUCAUCGCCCAAUCUUUGUCAAAAGCCGGCUUCGAUCAUAUUUUAACGCUGGACUUGCAUCAGAAAGAAAUUCAAGGAUACUUCGAUUGCCCCGUCGAAAAUUUAAGAGCGUCGCCGUACCUGAUCCAGCGACUCUUGGAAAUCGACAUCGGGCUUCCCUGCCAACUGGAUAGGCAGAUGCGACAAAUGCCUGAUGCUUGUGUUGUUGCUAGAACUCCUGCUUAUGCCAAACGGGCGCAAAGCUUUGCGGAGCGACUACGAGUGGACAUUGCUGUUAUUCACGGAAAAGACUUUCACGAAGAGCAUGAUCGAGAUAUGGACGGACGAGGUUCUCCUCCGCCAGAGCUCGGCUCGCUGGAAAACGAGUACGAAGAAGAGUCUUUCGACGAAAAGGACUUGAAGAACGGACGACAGCGUUCAUUUUCCCAGCAAAGCAGAACCCGAAGUCGAACGAUUUCGGGCACGGCUUCCAGACGAACGCGAACGGAGAGCAUGAACUUGGUCGUUAAUGAUUACGUGGACUCGCCGAUGCCCAGUGAGAAGGUAAAACCGAGCAUGUAUGUUGUCGGAGAUGUUUGUGGCAAGACCUGUUUGAUUGUUGAAGAUAUCCUGGAUGAGCCGCAAGGAUUUAUCAACUGCGCUGAAUUGUUGAAGGAAAACGGAGCGAAGAUGGUGAUUGUAAUUGCGACGCACGCUGUUUUGGGACAAUCUCAAAACGACGAAGCCUUGAUGAAAAUCAACAAUUCCAAAAUCGACAGGAUCAUUGUUUCCAACUCCAUUCCGAUGGAGGAGUCUGGAAAGAUCACGGUCGUGGACAUGUCCUUGCUUUUGUCCGAAGCAAUGCGAAGAAUUCAUCACGGAGAAACAACUCUAAUCCAAAAAUUAAAAGCGAUGGGGUUUGAAGAAGAACAAGUUAUAAAAGCUGCUAGACGCGACGAUGGUGAUGAAAAAAGAGCGCUGGCAUGGUUAAAUAGACAAAAGUCUGGUACGAAACAAAAUAUGGUUCGUAAUUCAUAUGACGGAUUUUAA